AUGGACCUGGUGGCGGAAGGAGAGCCCUCUAGCCUCACAUCUCUGAGCUUAGACAUGGGUGGUAAUGCUUUCAAACAGAUCGUCCCUAACGCUACCUUCCCGCGGAUGUCUCCGACGACCUACAAGUCUCUCAAGGCCACGCUCCUUCCUCGCAUCCAGGGACUCUACGAACUAGUGGCCGUGCCGCCUGAAACACCAGAGAAAGCUGAUCAUGGAUGCUCUCAAUGCUGUCCACAGCCUGCCGCAGGAGGGCAGGGGACGAGCAACUUCGCAGUUCUCGCAGAUGCGUUGAAACUCGACGUGGGCGAGGACCAGAUGGGUUUAUCCUCUGAUGGACUGCAGAAUACGUACUUCCAGGUGGACGUGAAUGUGUGCGCCGACAGGGAAGACUGGCAGCGCACGGUAUUUCUGCACUCUUACGGCGAUACGGGCCAGGCUGGAAGCGGGUUCACCACCCAGCGUGAAGUGUUCGAAUGGGUGGCCACCUCCCGCCUCUUCGAUGCGCGCAGUGUGGCGCCGUCCGAGCAGACACAUGCACGCGGGAAGAAGCGACGCGAGCCGCGCUCGAUGUACCAGAGCUUCCUCGAGUACGCACGCGAGCGCGCAGAUGACCCCGCGUACGCGCCGCCCCGAGAGACGAUCACGCAGGACGAUGUGCUCCGCUUCUUUGGGAAAGACGCGGAGCACGCCGCCCUCCUUCGCGCGUCUCGGAUCAAGCAGAACGCCAAGGAGGUGUUCUCGGGCAGAGUGAUUGAGGGCUGGAUCGGCAUGCGAGGGCUGCCGGUCAAGUGGGUCAUGGACGUGGCGCGGGAGCGAUUGAACGAAACGCACGAUGGCGGUCAGCUCGUCGCGCUGGACCGGGAGCCAGGGCAUGAAGCUGAGGCUGCCUUGCUCUCCAUCACGCACUGGGAGGUGGCGCUGUUCGAGAUGUCCCUCGAGGAGGUGCAGAAGUUUGUGAUGGACAUCAAGGCAGAGAUGGAGGAAUCGGGAACCUUCGAAUUGAAUUGGCAGCGGGAGGAUGCGAGGAAAGCAGAAAAACGCAAUGUUAAGCCGGAGCAGUAA